AUGGAGACAAUCACCAACUAUCUCUCGCUUCCUGCGAUGGCGGAGUUCAUCAGCGCAUACGAGAAUAAGCCAGACGCUGAGAAUGCCAAGAUCAUGGUGGGCGCUCUCCUCACUUACGCCUUCGAUUUGGAUGAUGGCUGGGUCUUCAAGUGGCAAGAGGAUGAGGAGAACAACCACUCGAACUGUUUCGUUGUGAAAGCCGUUGGCGAAGAGAGGGCCCUGCACACCGUCGUGAAGAUUAUUCUCGACCCCUCUGGUUCCAUCAAGGACAACUGGGAUCAAUCCGUUCCACGCUUGAUCGGUGCCCCGCUUCCCAGUGAGCGAUGCUGGGCCAUCCUCGUCCGUGGCAUCAAACUUCGUCUUUACGAAUACCAUCGCAACCAAAGUCCCGACGACCGUCUGGUCCCCUGUGACUUCAAGAUUGCCGACAAGACCCAGCAUGCCAUCCAUAUUCGCAGAAAUGCCGAUGCAAUCAACAACCUUCUCACCAGCAUCCCUAACCGGGUCCCCCAUCCACUCGAGGAGGGCGGAAACAUGAACCCGGCUCCAAAUGACUCUGCCACCGACAUCGCAACUGAGUCGCAGGUCUCGCUGGAUGCUACUCUUGAGACUGUCCCUGUCUCUGGUGCGUACGUGGAGUCAUCCUCUGAGGAUCCUCCCACUGAGGCUAGCGAGGAAAUUGUGCCCGCUAGUGAGGACAAGACGCCUACUCAGGCGGAGCCUGUCGCUGUGCAUGAGGCCGCUACCCAGGCCAUGACAGCAAUUGAUGCCAAUACUACUCCCUCCCAGAUCAAGCGUACCGCCGAGGUCAACGGAACCCAGGCUAAGAUCGCUUCUCAGGCCAAGGCUGCAUUUAUGGCUAAGGCUGCUGCUGGGAUCAAGAGUACUACUCCGGCCAAGACUGCUACUCAGGUCCAGACUGCUACUCAGGUCAAGACUGCUACUCAGGUCAAGACUGUCACCCCGGCCAAGACUGUCACCCCGGCCAAGACUGUUACCCCGGCCAAGACUGUUACCCCGGCAAAGACUGUUGCUCCAACCAAGCCUGCUAUUCAGGUCAAGCCUGCUACUCAGGUCAAGCCUGCUACUCAGGUCAAGCCUGCUACUCAGGUCAAGCCUGCUACUCAGGUCAAGCCUGCUGCGGAGGUCAAGAAUGGUAUUCAGGCCAAGAUUACCAAUCCAACCAAGGCUGCUCUGCUAGCGAAGGGGAUUUCUGGAAUGAAGAUCACUCCGCAGAUCAAGUCCUCAAACAUGACUGAGGUUGUGGGACAGGCAGGAACAAACUAG